AUGGCUUUGAAUCCUUGGAGUUUUAGCUCAAAAACAGAAGAUAACCCGAGAGCUGAAAAGACCCUAGGUCAAUCUAGUUUGAAUAUUGCUGCUAAUGACAUUGUUGAUAAAAGUAUUCACGUGACACCCUCUAAUACUCUAGUUGAUGACCCUGAAUUUGGUGUUAUGACGGAUGUCACAACAUCCUUGGGUCAAUCUAAUCAUCCUGUUGAAACCACUAAAGAAAACUCUCAUGAUGAGUCUGACAAUGAGUCUGUUCCUAUUGAGUCUUCUGAAAAACCUCAAGAGGAUGUGUCUGAAGAUGAAUCUAUUGGUGGUGAGAAAGAUGAUUUUGAUGAUGAAAGUAUGUCUGUUGAAGGAAAGAAUGUGGCUCUUGGUAUUGCUAAGAGAUUAAAGAAUAGGAAAAGGAAGGUUGUUGUGUCUACAAGCAAGCCUUCUAAGGCAUCCAAGAAAAGUGCUGGUUUUAGAUAUGUAAAAGAAUGGAGCAAAGUUGUGACUCCUGCUACCAAGAAAAGGUCCGUGAAAAGGAAGGACGUACCCUUAAGUGAUUCUGAGUAUGAUGUCGAACAAAAUGUUCAAGGCAUAAUGCCUUCACCUAAGAAGGGAGUUGAUGGGAAAAAGAUUCCUGUAAAUAUGCCUGAAGUUCCCACUGAAAACAUUUUGUUUCAUCCUGUGGAAAAUGUUGAAAAAUGGAAAUAUGUGUACCAAAGAAGACUAGCUUUAGAAAGAAAUAUAGGUAAGGAUGUUCUUGAAUACAAGGAAGUGGUGGAUCUUAUUGAGGAGGCUGGUUUGAUGAUUUUUGUUGGUUUUGGCAACUGUUAUGAGAUGCUGGUGAAGGAAUUCAUUAUGAACACAUCUAAGGAUUGUGAUAGUAAGAUGAGCAAGGAAUACAUGAAGGUUUAUGUCAGAGGUGAAUGUGUGGAGUUUUCUCCAGAAAUUAUCAACAGGUUUAUGGGUAGGAGUGAGGAAGAGCAAGCUAAGGUGGAAGUGACUGAUAUUGUUGUUUGCAGGGAGAUCAUUGUAAAACAAGUUAAACAAUGGCCAAGGAAGGGUAAACUGUCAGCUAGUAGGUUGAGUGUGAAAUAUGUUAUACUCCACAGGAUUGGGGAUGCCAAUUGGGUUCCCACCAGUCAUACCUCUACCAUUGCUACAGGUUUGGGAAAAUUUAUCUACAUUGUUAGAACUAAAACUAAGUUUGAUUUUGGGUCCUAUGUCUUUGAGCAAACUAUGAAGCAUGCCAAUUUGUUUUCUAUGAAGAUGCCUAUUGCUUUCCCCUCUCUGAUUUGUGGUGUAAUUCUCAUUCAUCACGCUGAUAUUUUGGUCAACUCUGCUGUUGCAAACAUUAUUGCGACAUAUGGUAAGGAUGUUACCAGCUCAACUUCAAUGGAAGGAAUCAUUAUUGAGCUAAAGGAUACCUGUAAAGCUUUAGAUGAGACUAUCGAGUCAUGUACUGAGAAUAAAAUUAGACUUGAGAGCUUGAUCAAAGCCUUGUCUAAGGAGGAUUCUGAUGGAAAAUUUGAAGGUGAUGAGGAAGAGGAAAUGAGGAUGAAGGAAAUUGUUGAUUCUAAGUACUCCAAGCCUAUUAUUGGACAAGUACAAGAGUUACAAGUUCUCGUGAAUAAAAUAAAAGUUGUAAAAAUAGACAUUCUAGCAGCUUUCCAAGUUGGUGCAAUCAUUGCAAAAUUGCCACCUUCGUGGAAAGGAUACAUGAAGAAAUUAUUGCAUAGUUCUGAGGAUUUCUCGUUGGAGAAACUUUAA